CGAGAGUCACUCAAGUUUGUCGGUGGUGUAUCUGGUCCAGAUAGGAAGGAAGUGUAACGUUUUAGUGUCCCACAAUGCAGUUGCUGAUGUGGAUAUUGUUAGGGAAGCCAUCUUGACAUGGGACAUUAAAACUUAACCAAGUUUUCAUACUCAUAUUGCCAUUGUGAUGUGACAAGUUUAUUAAUGUAGAGGGUUGGAUUUUAUGCUUCAGAGUCUCUUGGCUGUGAAAGAGGAAUAAUAUUACAACUGAUCAGAAAUACCAAAAUUGCCAAAUAGUAUAGAGUCCUUAAACACCAAGCAAGAUGCCGUGUCAAAGUACGGACGAGAGUGACGCGUCAAUGCGACAGCGACUCGUGACCAGUCUCAGUCAGAGUUUUCCAGGAAGUGCUCUUUCAAAGGCUCUACAGUGUAUGAAUGAUGAUGAGGACAUGUCAGACCCACUGAGCUCAAGCUGUUUUGCAGAACUGAGACUUGACAAAGAGGCUCCAGAAGAAGAUGAUGAACUCACGAGCCUCUCUUGGCUACAGGACGGCAACCUGCUGAAAGACAUUCACUGUGGCGAGGACGAAAAUGGUGACAGUUUAAAAGAAAACAGUGAAAUCAAACAGGAAUAUGGUUUCCCUCACCCAUCCCAUGUGCCAUACAACCCCCAAAAACACAUAAACAGCAAACCACCAUAUUCUUUCAGCUGUCUGAUCUUUAUGGCCCUGGAAGAGUCGCCCACAAAGAUGCUCCCUGUCAAGGACAUUUACCAGUGGAUCCUCAGUCACUUCCCAUACUUCCAAAAUGCGCCAACCGGCUGGAAAAACUCAGUCAGACAUAAUCUCUCCCUCAACAAGUGCUUCAAGAAGGUGGACAAGGACCGAGGACAGACUAUUGGAAAGGGUUCGCUGUGGUGUGUGGAUCCAGACUUUCGGCCGAAUCUUUUGCAGGCCCUUCGGAAGACACCAUAUCAUCCGUACCAUCAGCUUCAAAUGCUGGCCAGUCCACAACCCUCACGAUACAUUCAAGAAUUGCGACCACAGCCUCUGGCGCCGAGACUCGGUCCAAACUCUAUCUCUCCUCAUUUAUUCCCAUUCCUGAGUCGGCGACUUGGUGGGCCCAGCCUGGAUAUUGACAGCGACAUCAAGGAUGUGGCCCAGACGCUCGUGUCCUUGAAGAGUUGGAGCCAAGCAAAAGCAGACAAUGCCAAUUUUGCUCAAGGACUCAAGAGAAAAAUAGGACAGAUGCCAAGCCCUAGGAAGCCUCGUGGACCAGUGAUUUGUACGGACAACCCGAGCACUGACCACACAUACAGCAUUACCCGAGUGGAGGCUGACGAGGAUGAAUACAUCCCAGGCUCCCCAGGUUCGUCUAUCGAUGAUGAGUACGAUUUCGGCUCCGACGAUGAUGUGGAUGACUUAAGUGAUGCUGAAGGGGUUGGUUCCAGGCCCCUGAAACGUAAAGGUGACAAUCUGGACAGUGAGGGGGAAAGUGGUGUAGAUGAGGUGGAUGGCUGUGUAAGUAACAGUGAUGGAAGUGUCAGGACUCCUAUUAAACGUGCCAGGUUUCUGGAUCAGGCAAAACGACACAGGUUUGAGGAGACGAGUGAGGAGGAGAAAAAGAAAAUAGCUGAAGGAGCUGAUGCGCUGCUGAAUCUGGCUGGUAUUUGCCUUUCCCGGCCCCGUGCUUUUGCAUUUGGUGCUGAGAAAUUGGACGGUACAAACGAGUACCCAGAGGAUUCAGACCCAGGGAGUGACAGUUCCGCUGACGACAGCUAGUGUUCAUGUAGUGUUUAGGUCUACACUGUUGUUAUAUGAUUCUUGUUAACGCAAAACUCAACAUUAUGAGAUUCAUUGUUACUUCCCUCAGGUGUAGGGAUAAUUGUGUUUUUGAUAAGAUUUUAAAUGGCAAAUACUUGUUCGCAGGGCUAGCUCCUUGUACAGUGUGUAAAUAUUCUUAGAUAAUCGUACAGGUGAUACAUUUUAACAAGUGAUAAUGAGACUUGGGCUUCAAUAUUAUUCUUCCAUUAUAUGAUUGUGUAUUUCAAGGUGCGUGAAUCUAUGUAGAUAUGAAUAUUAUGAUUGGUUUUCUAGCCAUUAUAGAAUGUCUUCCAUAAAAAUUCAGUAAGAGAUCUCAAACUGUGAUGCACUAAAACCACAAUGAAGUCUGUACUACAAAUAAUGUUUAGACUUGUAGCAACUUGAUAUUGACAGUAUGAUACAGAAGAUAUCAAUUAAAACCUCAGCAUUGUUAUUAGACUGAUUGCUCUAGGAGAUAUCAAUUGAAAACUCAACAUUGCCAUCAGACUGAUUGUACUUUAAUUAAUAAUAAAUAGGCAAAAUUUUGCCAUCAGACUGAUGGCACUAGAUGAUGACAAUACAAAGGUCAACAUUGCCAUCAGACUGGUUGCACUAGAAGAUAUCAAUAAAAGCUCAACCUAGCCAUCAGACAAAUAGCACUAGGAGAUGUAAAUUAAAAGCUCAACAUAGCCAUCAGACAGAUUGCAAUAUUUCCAUUCAUGAAUGCUGUGAAAUAAUGUGUACAAUAUAAUCCUCUGCUACCUCGUCGAUUAAUGAAUAGAUAUAUCAUUAUACAAUGAUAUUCUUGUUUAAUAGUGAUUUUUCCAGUCAAAGUUUUAAAACAAAAGUUUGGCAGGACCUUGUGUAAAGCAGAUGAGUUUUGGCAAUCAGUCAUUGUGGUUAGUCUUCCGCUGUGCCAAGAUCUCUUUUAAUUGAAUAAUUAUGUGUGCCAUCCUGGACAAGGUGUACAGAACUGUUGUACUUUCAUUUUCAUCAAAUUUGAUGUUGACUGUUGAUGAGUGACCGGAAAACUGUACCUAAGUAACAUAUAAGUGACAUAGUUUAAGAUUUACUGUUGACAGAAAUAACCAGUUGUAAGAAUAACUCAAUAUAAUUGUCUUUAUUUAAAGCAAAAGUUUGUUUACAAUAAUUAACUACAUGUACACUUAAAUCAAAGUAAAUAAUAUUUUAAAGAUUUGUCAUUUCUACUGAGUAUAAACGUUUAUAUGCUGUACAAAUUUCAAUAUAUAGCUAUAAUGCUGCUUGGUUUAAGAAAUAUUGAAGAAAACAUAUUAAGUAUCAGUUCAGGAGUUUUAGAUAUGUCUUAAGUUGAGAGUGUUUUUACUUAAUCACAUUUAGUAGCAGGUUAAGAAUUUUAGAAAUUUUCUUAAUUCAUUGUGUUUUGGAUCGUUCAUGAAAAAAAUGUUGUAACUAGUCAGUACAUUCAUCAUGUUCCAAUUAAAUUUUACUCCCUGUUCCAAUCAAACGUAACUCUUAUGAUGUGGUAUGUGCAAUUGUUACUUGUUUAUGAAAGGGUAUUCCCAGUUAAUUGUGUUCAAUCAUUGGUUGCAAUCGUAGUUAGAGUGAAUGAACUUGCCUUUGCCAUAGAUAUAUAUGUGUUUACAAGCUGAUUUUGCCAUGAGUUAUUAAUUUGCUGUAGUUCCUUGUCCUAAAUCAAUGAUAUUUUAAUCAUUUACAAUCAUCUUAUAUUGCUUGAAUUUUUACAAUCAUUUUAAGCAAUCUGUUAGAUGCUUUUACUAGUGCUGCUAAAUAAAAUGAAAUUAGAAUCAUUGACAUAGAUUUUUUUUGAUUUUAUUGAAAAUAAUAAUAAUAUUAAUUACUCACACUUUUUUUUACAGGGUGUUCAUAAAAGUGUUCAUGUGUCUGUUUAAUAUUGACAGUAAUGAUAUUUAGCUUCAAUUUGUUUUACCAUGUCUACCAAAUGUUGUUGUUUUCUUAUACCUUGUUACUAGAUGCAAAGGUUGCCAUAUCAACCAGAGAAGGUGAGCAAAUAUAUAUAAUAUAAUGCAAUGUUUGGAGCCACCUCUGGUUGGUACAGCCACCUAUUCUUAGAUGUUAAUGAAAUAACUUUCAAGAUGACUUUAUAAGUGCAUCAAUACACGAUUUGAUCCUGGACAUUUUACUAUUGGCCCCAGUUCCUCCAAAAUAAUUACUCGAGGAUUGACUCGUUUGACCAAUUUUCAGCCUAGCAUGGUUCAAAAUUUUAAAUGUUUUUAUUAGAUUAAAAUCAUCGUCCCACAAAGAUGAAAUUGCUUAAGUUUUUUGUUAAAAAAAACAACCGUAAAUAAGUGUUAAAAAUUAACUUUCCUUUCCAUGUACAAUAUGCACAGGAUUUAAAAAGUGUACUUAGUUGAGUAAAAACUGACUGGGGCCAGAUUUCCAUGCUUGUUAAAUUGCAAUCACCAGAUGGAUUGUAGCAGUUCGAUAUUAGAAUCACGGUCGCAUAUCGGUACAUAUAAAGUAUCAUUUGUUGAUGAAAUUGUGUGCAUUUUAAUCAUUGACACCAUUUUAAUAGUUGUUGCUGUUUUGCCAUGUUGUUAGUGCUAUUUUACUGACUAUGUCACACUCGGAGAAAUGAUGAAUGGAACAUUCAGCUUUUUAAUAUAUUUGUUUGGGCAUAAAAGUAAAACAUUAAACAUUCAUUUAUAAAUGUAAAUAUUUUGUCAAUGUGUUUCAUAUAAUGUUUUGGGUAAUGUGGAAUCACUUCUUUCAAGCUGUUUAAUUUGUUUUUAUCUUUUUUUAUGUUUAGUUCGAUUUAAAAUGUUUAGUUCGAUUUAAAAAACUAUUUUAAAGCUUUUAUAAGAACUAUGCAAGCAUACAUAGCUGAGUUUACUCUCGCAUUUUAGGAAUGAGGUGAUUCCACAAUACUUGUUGUUAACUAUGGGACCAAGACUUUAAUUCCAAACUCAACAUGAUUAUGUAUUUCCUUUCUUCAAAAGUAAAACUAAACUGUCUUGCUUGUUAGGAUCUGGUUUUACAUCAUUGUUUUAAAUUACCCACAAAAAGUUGGUGUAGGAAUACAUCAUAGCACCUCUGUUCUGGUCACAUUGUUAAUGUUCAGAUUUGUUCAUCUCACAUCGUCAUGUUGAACCAUUUUACAUCAAACAUCUUGUUCAUUUUUUCUCAUGUAUCAUAAGUGUUCAGUGUCAGGUCAGGGCAUGUGAAUUGAACUUCAUUUUGACAUUUAUUAUGCGCAUUUAAAUUGAUUCUGAUUUCAUUGAAAGAAUAAGUGUUUAAGUAAAGUUUUAUAAAUGUUGCCAUAAAUACUGUUUUUCUUAGGCAUAAUAUCAUUUUACUUCUCCUAGUUCUUUUCAUAAGUUUUAUCAUAUUAGUAUGAAAGGAGUUUAGUGUACUUUUGAACAAAGUCAUUACCUACAGGAACUUUGUGUAGAUAAGUCACAACUUGCAUAUUCUAAUUCUGAUAUAAUUUUUCAUAAGGUUUACCACACAAUAUAUGGUGUUGUUAAUCUCAUAGCAAAUUUAAUUCUGAAAAUAAAUGCCCUGGCCUGAUGAAGGGGUGAUGGUAUUAUACAAGUCUUCCAUUUGAUUUUGUAUGUGAACUGGCCAAUAAUCAACCAUUAUUUGUGAUUUCUUACCAUCUGUCUAAAAAAUACUACAUUUUAACUCUUGCUUUAAUGUUCCUGAUUCUUCAUGUAACAUUUAUUUUCAUAUUUGGAACUUUGUUGAUGUAUUCUUUGGAAGAAGACACUUUGAUAUUUGUUUUGAAACCUCUGAAAGAUGGUGCAAUAAUACAUGUCUGUAAUAAAGAAAAUGUGUUCAUGGGAAA